AUGUUGCUAGGACUCAAGCUAAUGCCCUCCUUGCGCAUCAUUGCACUUCCCCUGGCAAAGGCGCGCCCAUCUGCGCUACUCGUCAGCCGACCAUUAGUUUACUAUCAUUUCAACCUCGCACCGCCGGGUGCGGCCGAAAGGAAUAAGUCAUGGACCAACAGAAUGCUCAAUAAACUAACAACGGUGGCGGCCGAUGCCUGGGCAAAUUUUGGAAAAGCACCAGAAGGGAGCUGGAAGGCUCGUUUGCGUCUGUACCAACAUGGCGAACGGCUCGUGGACCGGAUUGACUUUGAAGAGCUCACACUAAAAGGUGUUGAUCCGUCCCUCGCACCUUCGCUUAGAAAUCGAGGUGUUGCGGGCAAACCACUAGAAGGCCUUUCGGGAAGUGAUCAAAAGAGCGAAGAACGGCCGCCGGUGAUACGGCUCAUAUAUCCACCAUCUCUAUACUCUAGCCUCUCUACGCCACUAUCAGAUGAGAGCGUGCAUCCUUCGCUUUCCCAUUUAAGGGUGUUAUUGGACAGUCGGGGACCCCGGCAUCGUAGAGGUUUCUACUUGUGGAUGAUGAUUACACCGCUGACCUUUCCACUUACCAUCAUACCGGUGAUACCCAACAUACCGUUCUUUUUCUGCGCAUGGAGGUCAUGGUCACAUUACAAAGCGUACAAGUCUUCUCAAUAUCUCUCUUCCCUCAUAGAUCAGGGAUUCGUCCAUCCAGAACCAAAUCAGGAACUAGAUGAGGUCUACCGUUUGUUCUCUCCGUCCGCGCCCAACGCGAACAGCGCCCUAUCGAACUGCUGUGAAGUGCCGUCCUCGGACAAGCGGGGAAAGCCUGAAAACGCAUCGGAUUGUAAUCUGAAAAGCAUAUCUUCCUUGACCGCAGACAGUAACACGGGCCCCGUGCCGCACCACCUCUUACUCUCACGCGGGGCUGUACCUAGAAUUCUCGAACUUUUCAGUCUUCCUGAUUCCGCAGCGGCAGACAUGUAUCGUGCCAUGGAGCAAGUGCGUGUCCGAUUGCAAGCUGAGCCCCAAUACUAAGAUAGCAUGUAUUCACAUUCUUCGCUUCACCCAAACAAUUUCCCGACUAGAACGGAGGCACUUGCGAUGAUCUAUUUCCUAUCUGUGAUCUUAUUUUGUCCUCACGGUGGGUUGGUUGGCCAAUCAGUAUUGUCGGAUUUGCAUCGGGCAUAGCCCCUUGUUCAUAUUGCGCGUUGGCCG